AUGAAUGAAUACGUACUUGCGGUGCACCAAGGUCGCCUCAGCAAACGACAGCGCGGCGCAGCAGAGCCAGACCGCUGGGAGUCUCACCUCCGUUCCAAGCGCAACUUCUUCGUCAUUCAGCGCCAUCAGGCGACCGCGCACCACUACGAUCUCCGCCUCCGUCUCGACGACGACCUGAUCUCGUGGGCUAUUCCCAAGGGCCCCUUGGGUCUUACAAAGGACCACCACCAGCAUCAGGCUGUUGAGACUACUUUGCACAACCUCAACUACGCUGUCGUCGAAGGAUCCGAGAGUCGUGCCGCAGGACGAGGAACAGCUCGGGGCACCAUGGUGUGGGACAUUGGUCGCUACAGUAUCGUCAACCGCAAGGGCGAGAGCGACGACGACAACGACAGCGUCAACGAGGAGGACGACGAGGACGAGGAUGGCGCGUUCGAGGAGGCCAAGCUCCGCCAUGCACUCAAGGUCAUCAAGGAGGGCGACGGCGAGAAGCAGAGCUUUCACAUUAUCCUCCACGGCCAGAAGUUGACCAACCACGAUAACAAGUAUAAGGCGGACGGGGGUAUCAAGAGGAACUGUCUUGUCGUGCUGCCCGGUCACCGCAAGGGCUAUCCCUGGGGCGCUGGUGGCGAAGACGGCGACGAGCACGGACGUAGCGUGAAGACUGGACGUACCUUUGCCGAAGUCUGCAAUGGACCCCCUCAGUCACUCGGAGAUUUGCUGUCGCACUGGCAGGAGUCCUGUGAAUGA